CAGGCUCUGGUGUUUCGAGGCGAUGCCUCUCCCUCGCAAAGCGCCGUCGCUAUUGGCGAAGGCCACAAUGUUUGGGUUAUGAAGAGGUAGAAGAGACUGAGAGAGCUCUCUUCAGUGCUUUCUCUUCUUUUUUAUUUCUUCUUCAAGGUGGUUCGGUAUCAUCGCUGCUCUCCAACUACGCGUUGCAUACUCGUAUUCAAAGCGAAACACUCAAAAAACGAUGUCCGAGACACCACCUUCCGUGCUUCAAUGGCUUCGCCUCUCAAAUCGAGAUGUCUCUGACAUAUGGAUUGGGUGCCUAGUCACUAUCUCGGCCAGCACCUUCUUAGCACUUCAUCUCAGUGUGGAGCCUUAUACUCCUCCGGCGACCCCAAGGUCAUUGCUGAAAAAGUGGUGGUUAUCACGUUUUAAUCAUGAAUUCCGACGACAAGUACUCUGGACAAUCGUAAUGGUUAUUGCGCCCGAGCUGAUGGUCGGGUUCUCAUUUGGUGAUUGGCGUGCAGCGUCUAUCGGCUCUCAUAUGUUUAAGAGCCUCGGAAAAGGACGUGUUAACGAAUGGUCCAAGACUCAUGCCAGUUUUGCAAAUAUGGGCGGUCUCAAAUUCAAAAUGAAGACCGAUUCACCCAACGGUGCUCAAUUCCGUUUGAUUGAUGAGAAGGUCUUGCUGGAAACAUUUAAGAAUGCAGAUGUCUAUAAUACGACCUUCAGGAUCCUAGGGUGUCUCAUCGAAAAUUAUACCAUGCCACUAAUCUUGUUCCUGGAAAAUAUCUUCAAGCGCUUUUCUGAUUGUUUGAAGAGUUUAUGGGCUUCUAUAAAAAUUUUCGGAAGAGCAAAAGCAUCAACAGCCCCUCCUCACGAUCGAUCACCAGCUAUAUGUUCCCCCACUCAAAACAUCGAGCUCACCAACUUAAACACCCAGCCCGGAACCCUAAGAAAUAGUGUUCGAAAUAGACGUGAAACGGACGAGCCAAUACGGAAUGAAGCGUCCUCGGCGCAAGCAGAGAAUUCGGGAUCUCAUGUGCCAGGCGAGGCUAUAAGUUCUAUGGCUGCAUCAGCCACUGGUGAUAACAAUGCAUCUCAACAUUCACGCACAGACAGGGAUAGAGGAGCGAUGGACCUAGUCCAUGGUGAAGUAAUUCUCUAUCUAAACGCGGCGCAGAUUGUCGUAGGCCAGUAUCUAGGUAUUCUCGAUGAAGGACCCUUAUUAAACGAAGAAGCUAUCGAGGACAAGAGCAAGACCAACCCUCUAGCGAAGGGUAUCGCAGUUAUAUCGCUGUUCUGGUUUAUCUUGGGGAUAUUCAUCCAGCUCUUCCAGAACGAGGAACUCACCCAGCUGGAGCUCUCAACUUUUACGUAUGCGAUCUGCGCGGCUAUCGCAUAUUGUCUGUAUUGGACCAAGCCCCAGGCCGUCGAAGUCCCGAUAGAGCAUUCAGUUAUGAAUUCAGAUGCCGUUCGCUCGAUAACCCAUAACGAUAUGGACAUUCUCAAAGACUCCAGUGGCAGUCCCUUCCUAAGGCGAAACUGUACCCCGCGGUUCUACAAAGACAACAGAAUAGUAGAACCGUCAGAGCCAGUCCCCACAGACGUAUCGCUUACCGUGUUUGCUAUCGUUGGGUCUAAAGAGAAAGCUGUCUUACUAUAUGACGCUGAUCUGGGUAGCAUAGCCAUGGGCGUGGUAUUUGGGGCUAUAUACUGCCUUGGAUGGAACAAUGCCUUCCCCUCGCGCUGGGAGCAACUUGCCUGGCGCAUAUCAUCUUUAACUAUAACAGCGUCCCUCAUACCGUACUCUAUCGCCAACGCCAUCUGUACAAUAGCAUUCGGUAGGCUCACGGGCAGUAGGGCGCGAAUGACGCAUCCCGUGCAUAUCCUGGCGCUUGUUUUUCUGGGAAGUGUUUACGUUGCCUGUCGAUUUUUUAUGCUUUAUGAGAUGAUUCGGGCGCUGAUCACAUAGACUAUGUAAAAGGGGUAAAGUCUAAGAUCCACCAAUAUCUCGGAAAUCUUUAAUGUAAUUGUAUUGUCACGGGAUUUGUGAAACAAUCGAUUAUCUAAUAUUUGGAGGUUUAUGGUUUAUAUUAAAAAC